AUGAAGUACAAAACGCUGCUGCUGCUUUGCAGCCUGUGGCUAAUCGGGCCGGCAUGGGCCGUUCCGAAUCGAGAACCAAUCUACAAUCGGGCCCAACACAAUCCACUGGAGGUAACGGAGGAGUUGAUCCAAACCACGAACGCCCUACCGCUGACAGAAGAAGAUCAUCACACGACAGUCGGUCCGAGCAGUCCUGCGUCAUCUACGGCAGCUCCAUCGGCAUCCUCUCCGAUGACAACAACAACAACCCCGCCGAGCCCGGCAGCUCCGUCGACGUUGACGUCAUCGCAGGAAGAAAAUGGCAGCCCGCUGUUCAAACGUCCGGAGCCGCCGUUGAAAACCAAGCAAGCAACCACGGGCUACGUAGUGUCGACGAGUACCAAAAUUCUGACUAGUGCCGGCAUCCAACAGUACCCGAAACCACCACCAGUCAGCGAAGGCAAAGCGAACGUUAAGUAUGAGAAGUUUGGCAGCCACGUGGGUGUUGCAGAGCCGGUUUCCGUUGAGGAAUACCACAAGGAGCUCAGUAAGCCGACGGAACGAGCUCACGUGAGACAGCAGACGACUACACCUCGCGAGGGUUUGUCCACGUGGGUGCUGCUCAGUGGAAGCAAUUCCGUAACUUCGACCGAAUCGAAGAAGGAAAUCGUCAAUACCACCAAGAAACCCUUCGCAACGACAACCACCACAACCCGGCGUCCAGCGACGACCAGCGGUCGCAAACCGGUAACGACGCCCCGUCGACGAACGACCGCCAACACACGAACCACGCCCAUUCUCUCCGAUGAGAAGAAGGAAAAGAUCAACAAAUUCAUGACCCGCAUCAAGCUGAGUUCGCUGCAGGAUGCAGCCAAACCCAAGGUCGAAGACCCCAACCAAAUCACCAAGAAACCGAAAAAACCCACAACCACCGCAGGUACGACCACGACUACGGCGGCCCCGACCACGACCACUUCCACAACCUCGGAACUGUCGAUCACCGAAACGGCCAGCACCGCACCGGACGAAAACCCGGAAGAAAACGACAUCGAAACCUCUACUUUCCUCAUUCUGGAACCGAAGGACGCCCUGUUCGACAUCCCGGAAGAUCGCUCCCCGGAGAAGGUGGGCAAGAAAAAGCCAACCCGAAAGACGACCACCUCGAGCAAGAAGAAAAACACCAAAAAGAAGGGCGACGAUGUCAGCAAACCGGGCGUAAAGAAGCCCCCCGUCAAGAGUAAACCCGUUACGACCCAAAUCAUGAACUUCCUGUCGCGGGAGGUCAUGCCAACGGUUGGUGUCGGUCUCGUAGGGUUGGUCAUCACGGCCGGGUUGGCCUCCUACUUCCUCGGCAGUCCGCUAACCGCCGCCCUGCGUCGAUCGGACGAAACGAACCGCAAGGACGAUGUCUACUUCUCAAACUACGAAGAUUACGCCACCAACGACGGACAAAAUGAGGAGGAAGUUUUCGGCAAACUGAUCGCCGGUAUGCCCGAACGGUCCUACUACCGUAACAACAUCCGCCGUCGAAUCAGUCAACCGACCCGAACCGGUCACCAGUACGGAAACUACCACGUUCAAAGCUAUUCGCCCAACAAAUACCCGCAGAUCAACUACCGGCAGCGACCACCGGCCUACGCCGGUACGCCGGAAAUGUACGCCAUGUACAAUCGCAACGUUCAAGCCAAAUCGCACAACGAAUUCUUCUACAACACUCCGCCGAGCUUUCAGACGAAGAUGAGCUCCCCCCUGCUGACACCCUCCGAGAGCCCCGUCUACACGACAACGACAACCACGACGCAAACUCCGCUAACGACGGCGGAACCCCCAGCGUCCUCGCUGGAGGGCAUGGACGACGCGGCGGACGAAUCCGAGCACGAAAUGCUGCCUAAUCCGGCGGCCUACACAGCCGCCGAACACCGACCGGAACAUCACGCCCAGUACGUGGUGGGAAGCGUCUACCACCAGCCGGACAACAGCAUGCUGGACAUCAUCACUUCCGCUCCGGUUCCGGAACAUGGACCACGUCGAAAGCGUGACCUUAGCGUGCAGGGUGCCGCCGACGAAAACGACAUGGACAACGAAGUUUACGACAGCGGUGAGAAGCUUCCAGCUUCCAGCACCGCUGCUUCAACCGCGGAAGCAACCACCGAAGAGCAUAAGAUUGACGCGACUUCCUUCGCACCGUCGACCGCCGAAGGCGGCCCAAUCACGUGGUCCGACCUGAUUCGCAACACCGUCGAAAUGAAGAUGGUGAUGGGUAUCAAGCUGCUCCAGCAGGUGACCUCCCAGUUUCAGCGCUAUCUGAACGGAGUUCAGAGCCGUGUCGGUGGCGUCUUCAAUCAGACCACCGUCCGCCAGUGA